AUGCCCUGCGACAGGAAUCCGCCUUCAGCCAAUGUGGUGGGAAAGACUCCAUUUCCCAUCGUGCCUCGCGCCGAAGGAGUCCGCCAGACCCGGCCCCGCGGCCGGGGCGGGGGGGGGCCGGCGGAGGAGACACGCGCCCCCCGGUACCGGGGCCCCAUGCACUGCGCUGCCUGCAUCGUGCGCGAGGAGGGGCCCCGGGGGCUGCUGCGGGGCGCGGGGGCCCUGGCGCUGCGCGACACCCCCACCAGCGGCCUCUACCUCCUCCUCUACGCCAGCCUGUCCCGCGGCCUGACGCCCCCUGGGCAGGAGCCAGGUGCGUGCACGGUGCUGCUGGCGGGCGGCGUGGCCGGGUCGCUGUCCUGGGCCUGCGCCACCCCCAUGGACGUGGUGAAGGUGCGGCUGCAGGCGGGGGCCAGCCCCUACCGCGGGAUCCUGCACUGCGCCCGCCUCAGCGCCCGGCAGGAGGGUGCCCGGGUCUUCCUGCGGGGCCUGGGGCUGAACUGCGCCCGGGCCUUCCCCGUCAACGCCGUCACCUUCUUCGGCUACGAGAACAUCCUCCGAAUCAUCACCUGAGCCCCCCAGGCUGCCCCCUCGCUCCCUGCAGCACCGUCCUGGGGGCUCCCACCCUCCCUGCCCCUGCUUAGCUUCCUAGGGCGUCUGCUGGCCAGCGCCCCCUGCUAGUUGCCCCACCCCAAACCCCUCCACUCCGAGCAGGGAGACAACCCAGGCAUCCGGGCUCCCGGCUGCCUGCGCCAGCUCCCCUGAGCCGCUGAGGUUUGGCACGGCCCCCCCCCCCAGACUCUGGGUCUAGCCAGGACGAGGGGCAGAGCGUAUCAUGAGCCCUGGGGCACCUGGGCCCCAGCUCGGGAUGGGUGCGGGGUGUUACCUGCCAGGCUCACACACCUGGGUCAGCAAUGAGAGGGAAUAAAGAGAACCUGCACACGA